AGCAAAGUUGUCUUGUGUUGAUCAGAAAACGUAUUGGCAAAGGCUUUGAAGAGGCGCCUGGUUCAGGAAGUGGCUUUCAGAGGUUCCAGCACAUUCUGCACCUCGCUUCAUCAAGUGGACAAUAUGAAAAGAUCUCUCAGGGCCUCUACGAUAACUAUUUGUCAGUGAGAGUGAGGGACCCCAACCUGCAGAGUGUGUCCGAGGCUCUGGAUUGGCUGAUGUUCUCCGACAGGCUGAAUCAAGUGAUUCUGCAUGGACAGAACUUCUCCUUGCUGAGAUAUCUGCCCUUCCUGUCUGUGAUGUUUCACUUCCUGUUUGCCCACACGCAUGUGCCCCGCAUCAGCUAUCCUCACAGCCACCAGGAGGCCACCACUCGCCUCCUCAGCAGCAGGAACGCUCUGUCCACCAUGUUGGCCGACAUCCCGGCAAGCAUCAGAUCCAGGAUUGGCCAGCUCCACCUCACUUUAGAUGUUCUGACGAUGCUUCUUGACAUCAUCUGUCCAAAACUACGACCUGUGAAUCCUCAGCUUUUUAGCAGCAGAGAGAAGGAAUUGAUGCGGGAGCUGAUCAACACCAUGCUGGCUUACAACCUCUCAUACAGGCAGGAUCGCACACCUGAGGGGCAGUACACCUUCAUGCUGGAGCCGCAUGUGGAGGAGGUGGUGAGGUUUCCGGGCCUGCCGCCGCGUCGCCAGCUGACUUAUCAGGCCAAACAGACCAUCAGCAGAGAAAUGGAGCAGGAGAAGAUGAGGAGAGCUGAGCAGAUGAUGCUUCAGAGGAACCCUGCUACGAAAGAGGAAGAAAAAAGGAAUGCAGGGCCGAAACCGACCAAGAACCAUCAGCAGAGGUUGGAGAACAUUGUGAAACAGACAACAGUGGAGACCAGGCCGGAGGUGGAUUUCUUCGGUCGAGCCGUCUGCCCCAAACCUCAGAGGCCCCUGCUGUCCUCAGAUUCAGGUGAGAAGUGUGCUGUUGUUGCGAUGGGAACAGCCGUGGGAAACAGUGAUGUGUGGUUCCGUUUCAACGAAGGCAUGUCUAAUGCGGUCAGACGCAAUGUUUACAUCAGAGAGCUUCAGUAGCACUCCUCCUGCAUAAAUUGAUUGACAUCAACAUGCUUUGUUAAUUCAAACAGUGUUUAUUUGAAUUGACAGUCCAAAGAGACAAAAAAAAAGAACAUUGCGAAACCCAAGGAAAGAUGUUCCAUGUUGCACACUCAGUCUGACACAUCAAGCAACAACAUCCAGAAAUCUCCAAAUAAAUAAACAGAAAUGAAAGCAA